GUGGACCUGGUGAUGAUCAUGAUCAAAUAAAAACCGGCAAAAAGAGAAAAUAAGAAACCGCCCCAUAUCUCAUCCUAUUAAUCUUUUAAUUCUUCUUUUUAAAAAGCCACACUGAUACUACAAUUAAGAGCAGACGACAGCAAACAAAUAUGGCGGUUCUCAAACAAAUAUGGCGGCAUCAGUUAGACCUUUGUGCCUCAUUUCUAAUGCACUGUUUACACGGUACAACCGGUACCAACCUCGGCGUACAAGAGCGAAUAUCUCGCAUUGGAAUACUACUGAGUGUACAGCUAAGGGCUGAGCUAAGAUGUCUUCAGAGCAGGAAGAAUAUGAAUAUUUCAAGAACGCACGAGAGUACCUCGACUACUUCUACUCCGAUCUGACAGGAGCGAAGUGCCCGGAUGAAGGAGAAUGGAUGCCGUGGAGUAUGGAGCAAUUUCACCGGACCUUUAGCCAAGAUAAAGGCUAUGGAGGAAGACUUCUGGAUGUCGGAUCAGGGCCGACAGUGUACCAACUGGUUAGCGCCAGUCGAGUUUUUCCGGAAAUUGUUUGCUCGGACUUUCAUAAGGGAGCCUUAGCCGAAAUAAAGAAAUGGAAGGAAAGUGAUACAUGUGCAUUCGAUUGGAGCCCCUUCUUUCAACACGUCGCUGGAUUGGAGGGUUCGAGUUGGGAGUCCCGCCAGGAUCAGCUGCGAAGCGCAAUCAAAGACGUAGUUCCGUGUGACGUGUUUAAUCCCAACCCGCUACAUCCGGGUAUGUUCCAGCCGUUCGACGCCAUCAUUUCGGCGUACUGUCUGGAAUCGGCCUGUUACGACAAGGGCAGGUCUGCCUACACGCAGGCUGUAAGAAACAUCUCUACCCUGCUGAAGUCAGGCGGCCAUCUUGUUUUACAAACCUACAUCGGGGUCACCUAUUGGAUCGACAAGGAGGGCAACAAGACCCCGGAUUCUCUCUGUCUUGAUACCGACUUCGUCUUGAAGACCCUCUCAGAAGCUGGCUUCACUGAACUGGAGACGUCAGAGUACAAAACUCCCGAGCGAGAGAAAUGCUAUUAUAGCGAUAUAAAGGGUAUUCUGCAUGUAACGGGAAAGAAAAUCUAAGGACAAGUUGUACUUACAGAGAAAACUGUAUG